AUGGCGGAGGUGGAGCAGCAGCAGGACGUGGUGAAGCUCUUCAACCGCUGGACCUUCGAUGAUGUCCAGGUGAACGACAUCUCGCUGAACGACUACCUGGCGGUGUCGCCGACGAAGCACGCGACGUUCCUGCCGCACACCGCGGGCCGCUACUCCAAGAAGCGGUUCCGCAAGGCGCAGUGCCCCAUCGUCGAGCGCCUCACCAACUCCCUCAUGAUGCACGGCCGCAACAACGGCAAGAAGGUCAUGGCCGUCCGCAUCAUCAAGCACACCCUGGAGAUCAUCCACCUGCUCACUGACGCCAACCCCAUCCAGGUGAUCGUGGACGCGAUCAUCAACAGUGGACCCCGUGAGGAUGCCACCCGUAUUGGUUCUGCUGGUGUUGUGAGGAGGCAGGCUGUGGAUAUCUCACCCCUGAGGAGGGUGAACCAGGCCAUCUACCUCCUCACCACUGGUGCCAGGGAGAGCGCUUUCAGGAACAUCAAAACCAUUGCUGAGUGCCUUGCAGAUGAGUUGAUCAAUGCUGCCAAGGGCUCUUCCAACAGCUACGCCAUCAAGAAGAAGGAUGAGAUUGAGCGUGUUGCCAAGGCCAACCGUUGA